UCGCACUUCAGGUUCGCAGCCCAGUUUCAAACAGUCCACAGGCAAAUUGAAUCACUUCAACGCGACAUACAAAUUCUUUCCACAAGACUAAGAGGAGUGGAAUCCUCUUCCCAUCCCAAAUCACCUGCAUUGCCAAGCAGCGCCGCAGCGGGGAGUAUACAUCGAAUUCUGAAUGCGCCACAAUCACCCUCCUAUGUUGGUCCCACGAGCGCCGAAUUCGGCCUGGACCGUCCUCGCUUCCCAGAUGAAGAGCCUCAUAAUGAUGGCGAGAAAGACACGGAUCAUACUGACGACGAUGUACCUGAAUUGUCACCCGCACCUCGCAACCCUGAGCCUUCCAAUGACAAUGAGCCCUUGGCAAAUGGAGAUCCGCUGAAGGGGUUGACUUUGGAAGAAACCCUGCGUCUAGUUCAGGUCUACGAAGAUAAUGUGGCCACAAUUUAUCCCUGUGUUGAUCUGGCCAGUGUUCGAACGUAUGUCGUCGAAUCUCAUCAUUCCCGCUACUCACAUGUUGGAGGCAACUCCAGUCCAACGCCAGCGACCCUUUCGGCCAGAGACUGGUUUCAUGCGCGUGAUAUACAGGUAUUGAAUAUCCUGCUAGCCACGGCUCUCUUGGUUGAAUCUCAUGGCAGAAGCGAGCUGGCGGCUCAGCUGGCGGAUUGCGUUGAGGAUCGCUUCGCUAGUCGGUUGAAGAUUGCCCAGGUCGACAUGAAGGAAAUUCUUAUUCUGGUUUUAUUGUCUAUAUUCCACUCAUACCGCGAUGACGAGGUCAUUGCAUGGCGACUGAUCGGCAUGGCGGCUCGUGGAAGUAUGGAGCUGGGCUUACAUCGGCAGGAGACGUGGCAAAGAACAGGAGGAAUAUUCCCAGGUGCACUAGAAUGGCUUUGGGCGAGUCGUCUGUUCUGGGUUGUCUAUGUCUUGGAUCGCAAGUGGUCAUGCGGAACAGGUCUACCAUUUGCGAUCCAGGACGCGGACAUGGAUACCAACCUGCCAGAGCCUGGUCACUCGACUCCGUAUCUAACCUGCAUGAUUUCUUAUGCUCGCCUCAGCUCGAAGAUUUGGGGACUCAUUGUUGGUUGGUCCAAUCGUUCUCGAGCGGCUACAUCAGAAGGAUGUGCCAUGUUAGAUGCGCAAGUGCAACAAUGGGUGCGCUCCAUUCCACGGGAGCUUCGCUUCGACCCGGGCCAACGAUCAUCUGCGGGAUCUGAGCACACGGAUAGAAACAUGAUGCUCCAGGUACUGCUUGCGCUCCAGGCAAAUCAACUCCGCAUUCUUGUCUACCGACAGUACCUUCUGAGUAGCGAGCGCAUCGCAGAAGACCUGGCUGGGGCGUCCAUCGCUGUCGAAACAGCAAAGAGCACAGUCCAUAUGCUGGACUACUUCAGUCGAGUGUCGAACAUUUAUUUCCAGCGACCAGAGCCAUUCAACUACUUCUUGAUAUCUGCUCUGGCCGCCUUGUUCCUUGCUGUGCUUCAUGCACCCUACCGGUACAGCCAGACCUGUCGACCCGAGUUCUACACUGCCAUCGACAUGGUGCGCCGCUCGGCGACCCAAAGUCGGACCUCACGGCGCCUCCAAAAAAUCAUUCGCAGCCUCAAGCGCAUCCAAUUGAAUGUUCAAUGGCACAAAUCCCGAGGCCCCACAUCCCCCGCUCGGCAUCAUCACCGCGCACCAACUCUUGCAAGGACGCUCCCCGACGCGGGCGAGAGUCCAUCCACUUCAAUAAAACAGGCCUCCUUAGUGACUCACAGCUUGUUGGAAAAUACACCACUCUCUAUCACGACAGACUCUCCGCCCAGCCAGCGUCCUCAGAUGAACCGAAUUGACGAUGGGCGCACUCCGCAGCCGUCUUCUGCAACACUGUGGCCAUUGUCGCCAGGUACUGCUAUAGAUCUCGAAUCCAACGACUGUGAAGAUCUCAGCAGUUUCUUUGAGAUUGCAGGGGGCUUAUAUUUUGAUCCUGGUGCGGAUGCGCAUGUGCCAAGUGCUGUGGGGAUGGGAAUGGAAAUGUCUCCGUCCGACUACGGACGGGUACCUCAUGUGUUGGAUGCGUUUCAGGCUGAAGAUGAGGCGUUGACACGGGUGAUGGCUGGGCUUCUAUAA